UUGUUAAGGUCAGAACAUCCGGAGGGUGAGAACCUGUGAAAUUUUCCUUUAAUUUUUAAUGUAUAUGAUGAAAUAUGACAUCAUCAACAUUUUCUAUAAAUACUAAUGACUGGUUGUCGUAAUCAUGAAUAAUUUGACGCCUACGUGUCCAAAUAUCAGAGACAGAAACUCGCGCCCUUUAUGAAAACAGGCGUUGCGGUCCACUCCAGUCAUAUCCGAGGGAGCUGGGCCUGGGUUCAGAAUUUUGUAAUGAAGUCGAUCACAACAGUACUUGUGGUGCUGAUGGUUUUUGGUCUUUUGCUUUCAUUCUCUCCAAACAUAUUCGAUAUUGGCGAAGAAAAGACGAAAGAGAUUACACAAAAGAAACAUGACAAAGAAGCGAUGGGUGCUUCUCCAGAUAAAUUGUUCUGGUUUGUACAGGUAUCAGACAUUCAUAUCAGCAAAUUCUACGAUUCCAGAAGAGCUGCUGAUUUGCUACAGUUCUGCCAGGAACAAUUGACAGUGAUUAAGCCAGAUUUUGUUAUUGCAUCAGGAGAUCUGACUGAUGCAAAAUUACCAGAUGCCAGAGGAUCAAGGCAAUAUAUAGAGGAAUGGACAGCAUAUCAGGAAACUGCACAGAAAUGCCAUAAAAUUGUUGGUAAAUGGCUAGAUAUCAGAGGAAACCACGAUGAUUUUGAUGUGCCAUCAGAAGAUCAUGAAAAGAAUUAUUUCAGGAAUUACUCAAUACAAGGAUCUAACCAUCCCAACUCGUACCUGUACCAGCACAACAAACCCUGGGGCAGGUACUCGUUCAUCGCCAUGGAUGCCUGUCCCGAUCCCGGGCCAAGGAGACCUUUCAACUUCUUUGGCUAUAUCAACAAUAGGAAGACAAAGCGCCUGAUUGAACAUGUCAAACAAACAAACGGAAGCAACAUGACAGUGUGGUUUGGUCACUACCCUACCUCCUUGAUAAUCAUGGAGAACGGAACUAGGAUUAGGUCACUCAUGAGAAAUGCUGCGGCGUUCCUGUGUGGCCACCUCCACACUCUGGCUGGGCUUAUCCCAAAGAUGCAUGCUCGACACAACACCGGCAUGCUGGAACUGGAGCUGGGCGACUGGAAAGAUAACCGACUAUACCGAGUGCUAGCAAUAGACCACGACAUGAUCUCUUUCACGGAUGAGCGUCUGGGGCAUUGGCCUGUGAUCCUGGUGACCAACCCCAAACAUGCCAUGUACAUGUCUGAUGAGGAGGCUCUGGACAAACCUGCCAACUCAACUCACAUCAGGAUUCUGGUUUUCUCCCCUGAUGAGAUAACAAAAGCAGAUGUGUACAUAGAUAACAUGUAUGUAGGGCCAGCUCACCAUGUCCAGGGGCCACUGUUUGUGUCACCAUGGCAACCUCACAAGUACAACAAUGGUGUACAUAAUUUGGGGAUUGUUGUACAGGAUGCUGCUAAGAGAAGUCGAUAUGUGACCCAGCCUUUUACCAUCGACACUAAAGGAUUAGCACUCCCAGUCAUCCCAGCCUUUCUACUGAUAGCCAAUAUCCACAAUUUGGCUAAGCUCCUUUUCUGGUUCCUGGUCUGCACCUACAUUGGAGUACUUAUGCUUCUCAGAGGUUGCGAUAACAUCAGAACCAUUUUCAUCAGAGGUAGAUACAUCCCGCCCAUAUGUCGACCAGUGGUCAGUUUCAUCAACAGUUGGCUACAGAGGCUGUGGCUCGUCUCACGCAUCUCCUCACUCUUCUAUCCAUUGGUCAGCUUCGCACUUUACAUCGGCAUAGGUCCCUGGUUUGUGGCUGAAAUACUGGAAGGUCACUUUGGAGUGGUGUUCAUCUGGGGUUUGUACGUGAAAGGAUCAUUCAUUCCAGGCUCGUUAGCCUACCUGUAUGGUAUAUUUCAGAUUGUAGCAUUCAACGUUCCCAUGUUGCUGUUUCUCGGGUACAUGAUUCAGUUCCUGCAGGAGGAAAGCCAAGGAAGGAGGUCCAGCAAAGACAGACUAUGUUGUAUUUAUGUUCCUCUGUCGGCCGUGUUAGUGCUAUCCUGCUAUAUCGCCAUGGUGGAAUUCCCUAUUGCCUAUGGGAGUUCUGCCAUGAUUAUGGGACCUGUAAGGACCGGAGCAAUCCUUCUACUGAUCAUAUUGGUCUUCCAAGCCAAGAAGCAUGCUUUAUCAAAUCAGAACAGUUAAUGUUGCUGACGUUUAGCCAACAAUUCUUGUUUAUUAGUUUUUGUUGAAGAUUAUGUUCACACAUGUAUUAUGUGGUAUUAAGUUGGUGUAUCGUUUUGAAAUCACCAAACUUCAGUGACCUUUAACAACUUAUAGACCAUUCGUCAGUUUUCAUUUGAAGACAAAUUUAUCAAAUUAAUCUAUUUUGGUACAUUAUUGCUUUAGUAAUGUUCAUCUGUUUUAUUUACACAUGUAGUGUGAUAGUAUUUUGAAAUUUAUAACUUAUUUUGAAGAAAAGACAUUGUGAUGAUUUUUUUAUUUAAAGUUAUACCAGUGAACUUUUACAGCAGUUAUAUUUUUUUAUGUUUUAUUUUCUGCUGAUUAUUUAUCAACAACUAGAUAUCAUACUUGGAGACAUGUGAUUUUAUUUGUUAUGUCUAGUCUCUAUUGACAUUCCUAGUGAGAUAAGAACUACAAUCAUUAUACUGUAGACCAAAAUGAAUUAUAUAUACUAAUACACAUGUUCAUUAUUAUGGGUUUUGUAAAUGACAAUAUCACAACCUAAAAUCAGCUUUUUUAAUCAGUUUGGGAACUUGUCUUUCACUUUGAUCAUAAAAUUUUCAAAUUAGAACUUACGCUACUGUUUUUUUAAACUGACCACAAUGUAAGGGUGUUCUGUAACAAUCCCUCACUGUUAAUUAUCUUCGAAGACUGAGUUUGUUUUGUCCAUAGUCACACCGUAUAAAAUAUACAGUGAUUAUAUAUCUAGGAUUACUAAUUGCUCAAGGUAAUGAUAGUUGAUUAUCAUUUUAUCUAACUUAUUAAAGUUAUUUUACUAUUGAAAAUAUUCUUAAAAUAAUUUGAAACUUCUGUAAUGAGAGUUUAUCAUGAUGAACAUAAUAACCCCAUCUAGGUAAUAAUAUAGAUAUGUCCAAAAAGCAUCUUUACUGUAAACUUCAGUUCGCUAUUCAGUAUGAAAUCACUCGAGAUCAAGAUGUUACGAAGUGCUACAGUGUCUACAUGAAGGUUCAUGCCUUGUAAAGGCUUCAGUAAAACAGUUAUGAAACCAUUCCAUGAUACUUUAGUUGUUACUGUUAAAACUGAACUUUGAAUUUAUUAUAUUUUGCAUGAAAACAACUACAUGUAAAUCAAUAUGAUAAAACUGAAUAUUCUUUUCAAAUUUGCAAAUUUUCAAUGUAGAAAAUAGCAUGCGACAAUAGCUGUUCUCAUCAUAUGUGCCAUUCUAGAUAUUGACCUGGGGCCUUUUCGUUUAAGCGGAACAACCGGUUUGAUCGUUUAUAAAUGUAAAAAUUUUGGGUAUAAAUCCUGGCGGACCUGCAAAUGUUUAUG